AAUACCUUAUUUUUUCUCAAUUCUACAAACAAUACCCUAUAAUGUAACAUCUCUGUUCCCUAAAUGAGGGUAACAUAACUGAGACGCUCUGCCUUAUGUCAGGUAAAUGCAUACAAAACGUACAUUAAGUCUAAUUUUAUCAGUUCCAGAGGAAACCGAUACCUUGGGCUUAUAUCAAAGGCCCACACUUCCAGAGACUGUACUUGUUCCUGUUACUAUGUCAGCUAUAACAGUUCAUACAGGUAGCAAUCGUAUCCUGCUGCCUGUUGUUGGUCAGUCUAAGCCACUCUGUUUCGAAGUUCCUCUUCCUCACAAACUGAGACUCCUACAGGAUUCAGCUUCAGAGUUCUCUAUGAAUGGAGAAUCCCUGACUGGACAAACUGGAUUCAAUCAAAUUGCUUUACAUUACAAAACAAACCAUCAUCUUACUAUAAAAACAAUGUCUAUCAGAUACCACGAUGGCCAGAAUCAAGUUGAGUUCUUGUGGGGCCAGGAACUGACUCAAAACAAUACUGAGGGUGUCUCUCUGAUUCUACGGAGCAAUGAAAUAGACGUCACCAUGGGAAAUAUUCACAUCGUUAUUCUUCUCCAUAAGGAACAAUUGGACAUGUUUCUGUGGCCUGCUGUUCGGACAAGGCCAAAAGAUGUCAGUUUGACAGGUGUUUUAGGAGAGUCUGAUAUUUCAUAUGAUGAGAUCCAAGGAACACAAACACCAACUUUAAAGUUAAAGGACCAGGAAGUGAAGACAUCUCUGGUGAUGGUGAAGGACUACAGACUUGCUUCUGCUCCUGUGGUUGGAUGUUGGCUCGUACCAUUCCAGACUGUCACACAGCUAGAGCUCUCGGACUUCACUGUCACUCAGCUGUAGAGUUCAGCAAAAAUCA